AUGACAGCAACAAACAACGAUAUUGACAAUACUGAUAAUUCUUCCAGAAAUUUUUCCUGGAGUAAUAAAUUGACAACACCAACAAGAAAAUGGAAACCAUAUCAGUCUUUGUUAAAGAGAAGGAAUGGUUAUCAGAUUGGUUCGCAAUAUUAUAUACAACCCUUAAAUCUAAGGAGUAUAUCGAUAGCUAAAGUGACUAAGACUACUAAGAAUUAUGAUUAUCAAAUAAGUCAAGAGCAAUUAAAUAAAUUCAAGGAUCAACCAGCCUUAGAUACAGUUACCAGUGAAUGGAUAAAAGAUAUGAUUCAAAGAGGCAAAGAUAUUUUGAACAAAUCAAGGCUUAAAGAACAAGAAAUAAUUCAUAAUAGAUUUAAAAGAUAUGAAGAACAGGAAAAAAUUGAUAAAAACACAUUGGAUGGAAACUCAUUUGAACCACUAAAAAAUUAUAAAAAAACACAUGAAACUGGCAGUUAUGAUGAUGAUAAUACCAAUAUUGAUAAUAUAUACACAAUAGAAAUUGACGAAAAACAAGAUUAUGAAAAUUUAGCUAUUGAAAGUCAAUUGGAUAAAGAGAACGAAAAAGUUCAAGAGGACGAUGAACAAAAACAAGAAGAUGAAGAAAAUAUAGAUUUUGCUGAUACUGAAGUGAGUGAAGACUCUGAACCCUCAAUCAUUAUUUUGACUUCAGAAGAUGAAGAUGAAGAUGAAGAAAAGUUGGAGUCAUCACAUACUGAUAAAGAAUACAAUAAUGAUAUGUUUGGAGGACAUGAGAGUGAUAAAAGCAAUUCUUAUGGUGAAGAUGAAUGUGAAAGUGAAAGUUAUGAAGAAGAAGAGGAGGAGAAGGAUAAUGUAAUUGAUGAUGAGGAUGAUAAUAAAAUAGAAGAUAAUGAUGAUAAUUGUUAUGAAAAUAUGACUGUAGAUUUUCAAAAAUAUAUGAUUCCUAGAAAUCAUGAAUUCAACCAAAACAGCAAUCCGUCCUUAAAUGAUUUUAUGUCAAAUGAGUAUAGUAAUAAAUCUGAGGAUAACAAUAUAAAUCAGAAUAAUACUAACCUUCAAGCUGAACUUGCUACAAAAGAUGUAGUAGAUGGUGAAUACGACGAAUCUAAUGGCAAACAAAACAUAUUGGAACAAUCACAAGAAGAAGAUGAGAUAUCAUUGGAGGAAGAUGAAUUGUCACUUUCUACAAAAGAGGUAAGUAAUAGAGAAGAUAUUGAAAGUCAAGAGAAAAGCUAUGAUGAUGAGGAAAUGACAAAUGAUCAUUAUAAUGAAUAUUUAUUACCUGAGCAAGAUUUGGGUGAUCAGGAAAGUAAUGAUGAAGAGAAAAGCAAACAUGAUGGUACUCACUAUACUAUCAUUGACGACUUUAGUGCAGAUGAUCUACAAGGACAGGAGUCCCUUGACCAAAACUCCUUAGAGAAUUCAAAUUCAAUAUAUAAUAGACAAGCUACAUCUGAAGAACACAUAUAUAGUGAUAAUUCUGAACCAGAAACUUUCUAUUCAGCAUCAUCAUUAAAAAAUAUUGCUAAGAACGCUAUAUCUCAAAUAUAUCCUCAUUUGGAGAAUCAACAGUUUGCUGAAAAUUUUGAUUCAGUUCAUGAGUUGCCUAUAGAUGUUCAGUCCGGAUCUGAUAAGAAUGAAGAAGAUGGUCAAGAAUUUUUGCAUUUUGGUGUUGGAAAUUCCGAGAUACAAGAACAUGAAAGUGAUCUAAAUGCAUCAGAACAAUGUCAGAAUAUUGUUCAACUUGGGAGUGAACAUAAUGAACUCAAAGAAGAAACGUCUGAUCAUCAAGAAAUACCAGAAACUGAACAGAAGAAAUAUGAAGAAGAAAUGAACGAUAGUGAAUCUUCCUCUACUAAUAAUAUGUCAAUUUAUCAUUCAAUGAAUAAUGAAUCUGAUUACAAUGUGUUGACAGAAGUAAAAGUACCUAGUAACAAUAUAAAUAUGAAAAAUACAGAUCAGUAUGAGAUAGUCAUUUCUAAUUCUGUUUAUAGUAAUACUUCAGCAGAUACAGACAAUAGAGAAGUCUUUCCAUCAAACGUCACAUAUGUUUCUCCAUUUAGUGAUGAUCCAUUUGUACCAGCAGAAAUUGAUGAAGUAUCAAAAUUGAAGUUACAGGAAACUUUAACUCUUUUGAGUAAAACUGAUAGACACAAACAUAAGCUGGAAUCUGAAUCUCGAAACAGGGAUAAUAAUAAUGAUAUUUUUCCAAAAGAAGAUAAAGAAAAUAACAAGAAUAUAGAUAAUAUUAAAAAAAAAAAAAUAAAUAAAGAUAAUCAAACAUUAGAACAAUCCAUUGGGGAAUUCUCACAGUAUAGUAUUAGUAACCACGAAUAUAAGGAAAUCAUUGAGAAUAAAAUAUUAAAUAAUGAUUCACAACUAAAUACCAGAGUUGAAACUAUAAAUACAAGACAAAAAAAUAUCAAUAUUGACAAAAAUAAUGAAACUUCACAUUUGUUGGAUAUUGAAAAACAUCUAACAAUGCCUAAUAAUGAAUUUUUUGAGCGUUCGAUUGUUAAUAAAUCUUGCUCUGAAAAAAUCAAUUCUGAAGCUGCUGUGCAACAAUAUGAACAUAGUCAAGCGGGAAUUAAUUCAGCAACUGAGAUUUCAGAGGCUAUUCAAGAUGGUGUUAAAAGUAGAACAUUAUCUAAUAUUGAAGAACUCUUUGAUAUGAAAGUUAAGACAAUUUCCAAUCCUCAAAAUAAAAACCCAGAAAUAGUCAAAAAGAAUUUAGAUUCAUGUAUAGAAUUAGAUAAGGAUGAAGUCUUACAAUCAGGAAAAGACAGUUUAGCCAAUUCUAAUCAACGUUCAAAGAUGUUAUUGGAAAAAAGUGAAAUUAACUGUGUUACAAAUAACAAGAGUAAGAAUAUUAUUAUUGCAGCAUCUGAAUCAAUCACACCAAAUACAAAUAUGACUGAUCUGAAGAAUAUGGAUAUGAAUCCUGAGCUAGAAGAACAAAGUAAUACUGACAGAACAAUUAAUUUUGAAUCCUGUGAAAGUAAAAAUGAUAUUUCAAUAGAAAAUAAAAGUUGUAACACCAAAGUUUUGUCUAAGACAACAAAUUUGAGUCAACCAUUUGUUGUAAACAAGAUCAUAUCCUCACCAAUUAAAGCUAUUAAUGCCCUAUCUGUUGGUGUUCAAAAGAUAAGCAAUGUGGCUAAUAAAUUUGUAGAAAUCUUGGAUGUAGGUUAUUCUUCAGACGAAAACGAAUCAAUUAUAGAGAUUCAUUCGUCUCCAAAUGUUGGAGAAAAAGAUGGAGAUGAAGAAAAUCAAGAAAAACAAGGGACUCAAAACCAAUCUGAUUUUAAUGCUGCACAUAGCAUGAUCGAUAUUGAAGAGAGAAAUACCGAGAAUAACGACAUAAAAAAUAUGAAUAAUCAUACUGAAGAACUUAAUAAAGAUUUAUCGAAUGACAAUAUGUUGAUACAGAAUAAUAGUAUGGACGAAUUUGAUAUGGAUUCCACAACUUAUGAUAUUAAAUCAUCUUUAGAUGUUUCUGUAGAAAAACAGAAUAAUUCUAAGUUUUCUUCUGAAGAGCAUUAUGAUAAAAAGGAUAAUGUAGAAGAAAUAGAAAUCAAUGCCAAUGACAAUUUACAAGGUUUACUAGAUAAUCUAAAUAAUGAGAAAUCACAACAAAAUAUUGCCGAGGAACAAACACAUCAAUUUGAUGGCAAUAUUAAUGGUAAUGAAAAUGGAAAAGAGAUUACAUCUCAUGGUACAGUUACUCCUUCAAUUCAUUCUUCAGAUUUAUUUGCAGCUAAUAAAUUAUUCGAAUUAGCUAAAGAGAUUGAUGAAAACACCACUGUAUUUAAUAAAGGGCAAAUUACUAAGCAACAGACAGGGUUUGACGAUUUUAAGCCUGAUACUGAUAGCAAAAUUCAAGCUAUUGAAAAAGAUGAGAGAUCUGAAUUAGAAAAUUAUCCAAUCAAUAGCAUCCCGGAAUAUAUCAGUAGAAUAGGAACUGAUUCAUCUAGUAGUAUUAUUGCAUCAACCACAAUUACUGCAGUACCACAAGAAUCACUUGAGUUUAUUCAUAAAGACGUAGAAAGAUUGCGUGAUAAUAAGCAUACAGAAAAUAAAUCCAUUGAUGAGGCAUCUUCACAAUUAGAUACUUCAAAUGAAUUACCAUCAGAUCCACCUUCUGAUGAUAAUAGUGAUAAUCAAAGUCAAGACAAAGUAGCACAUGAAGGGGAUGAACACAUUAUAACUGUCAAGGAAAAUAAAAUUGUAAGUAAAAAGGAGAAAUCAAAUGACACCAUAUUGCAUAUAUCUAUAUCUGAAUCUGAAGAUCAAGGAACAGAGAAUGUACCCAUACAAAAUCAUCAGAAUGAAAAAACCUUAGACAAUCAAACUGAAAUAUCGGAGAGUAGUAUAGAUACAGAUGUAUCUAAAGCUAAUCAUGCUGAAAAUUAUGAAAUAGAAUCAAAAAAUAGCCAUAGUGUUUUAUCAGAUGAUAAUAUUGUAGAACCAACAUACAAUAAUGAAAAUAUAUCAUUUGAAAAGGCUGUAUCAUCAGUAACUGUAUUAGAUGAGCCUACAAAACAAGAAAAUAUAAAUAAAAAUAAGAGAAAACAAAAACAAAAAUCAUCCAGACACCGUAAGAAGAGAAAAGUGCCUAUUACAGGUUCUCACGUAACAUCUCCAGGAAGAUCUCACAAGAAUGAAACUAAUAAAAACAAUAACAAGAAUAAUAGCAAUAACAGAAACAAUGCUAAUAAUCAGCAAAAACAUAAAAAGUUCAAAAAGAAUGACUUUAAUCAUGAUGCUAGAAAGUUUGAAUAA